AUGCUGCGACGUCUCGUUUCCCUGCCUCGUACCAUGCGUGUGCUUCGGCCGCCGUCUCAGAUCCAUCGUGGCAGCCAGUGUAUCUCCCCAGUACACGUCGCCUCUCGACGUCUCUCGGUCUCUCUCGCGCUCCUUUCGGUCUCCACACUCGCGUUGACUACUGCAUCAUGUGCUCCAAAGCUUCCAAUGGAGUCGGCUGACGCCAUCAAAGCAGAAGAGCUGUAUAACGACAGCACAAUCGACCGCCGCGAGCUCUUGGCGACGCUCAAGGAGAUGCACGCGAGUCGUCAGGACGACGUGGGUGUGAUCUGGCGACUCACGCGCGCGGCGUACGACGUCUCGAACCUUUGUGCGACGAGCGCAGACGAGAAGAAGGCGCUCAUUUACUACGCGCAUGACGUGAUUCAGAAAGGUCUCGAGUUGACGAACGACGUGGCGGCCGUGCACAACUGGUACGGCAUCAUCUUGUCGUCGAUUGGCGACUACGAAGGCUCGAGAGUCGCCAUUGCAAAUUCCUACGAGAUCAAGCGGCACUGGGAAACGGCCGUGCAACUCAACCCGCACAACCCGACGACGUACUACCUCCUGGGGCGCUGGUGCAUGGCUAUUGCGGAUCUAUCGUGGCUCGAGCGCAAGGCAGCGGCCGUGCUCUUUGGAAAGCCGCCGGAAUCGUCGUAUGACCAAGCGCUCGAGUACCUACUCGAGUCGGAAGCGUUGGCUCCGAAUACGUGGAAGAAGCGGGCGCUGCUGAUUGCGUGCGUCUAUGCCAAGAAAAAGGACAAUGCCAAAGCCAAAGAGUGGGUUGACAGGGCACUCGCGCUCCCCCGCAAGAGUGAAGACGACGAGAGUGUCCACGCUGAAGCGCAAAAGCUAGACAAGGAGCUAGCCAAUUGA